AAGUCUUCGUGAAUGUAGAAACUGUCUGGCAAAAGAAGUCCAUGUUCGUCGCCUUGCAAAAGAAAACAUUGAUGAAUCUGAACAACGUCAAAAUAUCCAAAGACAAGCGCUUGCAAAGAAAACCACUGAGCAAGUUGAGUUACGUAGAAAAAAACAAAAAAAAUCUAAAAAUCGUAUCUCUAAUACAGCACAUAUUGAGAAUUAUAAUACAAAGACUGUAUCUUUACAUAAUAUUGGAAGUAUGA